AUGCCGGGUAUUCCAACAUCCACUAAUUUUCACGGCUCUUUCACAACCCACGAUGCUGCUGGUGCUUCUGCAAAUCCAGGCGACACUACUGUGAAUGGCAUCGUCGCCAACGCCAACGGUAUCGGCACUGGUCCUCCUGCACGGCCGCCUGAUACUAUCGUUCCAAUCACCGCUCCACCGGUACGCCCACCUACAAUGUGGGACGAUCAUGAUCCUCUUGGCCCAGCUACCACCCCGCUCCCCAUCGAUGGCGACUACAAUCUCAUCUUUAUCAAUGGCUCUCCUGCUGUUUCUGCCCCUCCCAGUCAAUACCACGGACUCGAAUGCACAUUGUAUCUGCGCCGUCAUCCUGAAAAUCGCCGACCUUACGCACGUACAGACCCAUCCAUCCAUGUCCUUUAUGGUCGCUUCACCAUCAAGGAGAGCAGUGUUGUGAACGCAGACCAGAACGUCCUUGUCGAUGGCAACAGCAGACGCGUCCGCUUCAACAUGCCCCGCAACAGCUCAAGCUCAAGCUCAAGCGGCGAUGUCAGCAAUCAGAACGACAUAAACAACGGCAAUGUCGACCCGUAUGCCAACACCAACGGCAUUCAUCUGAAUAACAACGCCAUCGCCGACGAUACCGACAGCUCUGGUUCCAACUCAAGUGUUGACACCGAUCAACGCACCGGCAAAGAGGGCGCCUUCCGCGCCACCAUCACAAGUGGUGUGGACUCCGGCGACCGCGUGUACUUCCAAUGGCGAUCCAUUGAUCAUGAGGCCGACGAAUUGAAGAUCGGGCCAGACCGUCUUGGUUCGUUGAAAGGCGUGUCUUGGAAUGAUGAGCUGGGCUGCGAGAUCAAAGGCGAACUUCAAGGCUUGUUUGUCGAUGGCGAGACGGUCGCUUUUGCAGCGUACAGUAGAGGCGUUGGAGGCUUGAAUCGUGCACCAGACUGGGACCAUGAUACUGUCGUGGGGUUCUGGGGUCACUUGGCGGAGUUGGGGCUUGAAAGACUUGCGGGACUUGAAUAG